AAAACUCUGAAUUUCUUUUCUUUUAUUAAAGUUAUUGACUUUGAUAUUUACGGAGACAAAAACUGUAAAAACUGAGUUUGAAAUUUCAUUAGAGAGAGAGAGAGAGAGAGAGUGAGAUUGAAAAGGGAAUGGAGGGGGCAGCAGCAGGAGCACAGUACAACCCACGCACAGUGGAAGAGGUUUUUAAGGAUUUCAAGGGCCGCAGAGGUGGUUUGAUUAAGGCGCUUACUACUGAUGUUGAAGAGUUCUAUCGGCAAUGUGAUCCAGAGAAGGAGAAUCUGUGCUUGUAUGGCUUUCCCAGUGAGCAAUGGGAAGUCAGUUUACCUGCUGAAGAAGUGCCUCCAGAGCUUCCUGAGCCUGCACUUGGUAUUAACUUUGCAAGAGAUGGCAUGCAGGAUAAGGACUGGUUAUCCUUAGUCGCUGUCCAUAGUGAUGCAUGGCUGCUUUCUGUGGCCUUCUAUUUUGGUGCCAGAUUUGGAUUUGAUAAAGCUGACAGGAAGCGACUUUUUAAUAUGAUAAAUGAUGUUCCGACUAUAUAUGAAGUUGUGACUGGUGCUGAGAAGAAACAAGUGAAGGAGAAGUCGUCUGUUACCAAUCACAAUAGCAACAAAUCCAAAUCAAACCCCAAAGUGCAGCGAGAAUCUCAGGGAAAGUUCUCAAAAUCAUCAGAGCCAAAGGAUGAAGAUGAGGGCUUGGACGAAGAAGAUGACGAGCAUGGGGAGACAUUAUGCGGUGCAUGUGGUGAGAAUUAUGCAUCUGAUGAAUUCUGGAUUUGUUGCGACAUCUGUGAGAAGUGGUUCCAUGGAAAGUGUGUGAAGAUCACCCCUGCUAGAGCUGAGCAUAUUAAGCAGUACAAGUGCCCCUCCUGCAGUAACAAGAGGGCUCGCCCCUGAUAUAUGGGUGAGGGCUGUGGUUCUUUGGCAUCGUAUUCUCUUUUAGGUGGACUCUGUUAAUUAGUUUAGUAAUCAGUUUCUUUCUUGGAUCUUUUAUUAGUGCAGUGUGUUAGUGGGUGGUGCAACGUGUUAAUGAGUACUUUUAUCUGGUUGACCUCAGUUUCCAAUGUGUAGCUGUAGUUCGUGUAGGUUCUACCCUUCUUUAGUUGGAAACAUCUUAAUUCUCUCGUCCGAUUUGCUAGGAAAAUCUCUUUUUAAUACUUAUUCAUGACAUAUGUAUGAUCUGCAUUUACUGGUCUAUAUAACUUGCAUCAUA